AAUUUUUUUUGAAACUACACAAACAAUCAACCCACCACACACACCUACAUGUAUUUUUUUCGUUUCCUUGAAAUGUUACUCAAAAUGAAACCAUCAAUCCUUCGCUUACUUCGACUACAUCUGCUCAGAAUGAGUCUCGCAUUCGUGUGCGCAAUUGGUUAAUGUUGGCGGAUCAAUCGAUUUUGGAAAAGAAUUAUAACGAUGGCUCCGUUGAACAACAAUUAACCAAGAAUAACAAUAAUACGUUGAUAACGUCCAAUUCGGUUGCCACUAAUAACACAACUGGUUUAGUUGUUACUCCCACAAAUAAUGCCGUUACUAGCACUACUAAUACGACUCUGACACUAACAUCACAAAAUACACCCACAAUACAACGUAUUGGCAGCAUUGGACGCACCACUAUCACUUGCAUUACGCCAGCUGGGGGUGAUGCAGCUGCUUCAAAUCCCCAGGCGGCCUUGGCUGCCGCCGGUGUUGAAUUGGAUGCGGUGGAUGAUAAUAAUAGCAUGACUGAGGUUGUGGUUAAAAUCGAAAAUUCCGCCACCUCCUCACAAGACGAAGACGAGGAAAUGCCCGAUGAAGGUGAUGAUGCGCCCACCACCGAAACCAAUGAUGAAGACGAUGAAGGCGAUAUGAACUAUGAUGAUAUUAAACUCUCCAGUCCCAUGAUGUGGGCCAUGGAUAGCGUUAAAAUCGAACAGGAAGAAGAAUUCGAAGAUAUACUGACGGCCGGUUUUGACAAUACCACCACUUCGUUGGACAAUGAUGAGGAGUUCUUACAGUCUGUAUCUUCGGCAACUAUGGGUAAUUAUGCUGGCGGCGAUAUGGUGGACAUGCAAAAGAAUCGUGUGUUGGUGGCUAAGAAACGUGUUUCUUUGGAAACUCUAAAGUCGCUCAACAAACAGCCCGGCAGAAAUCAAUCGUAUGUCACACAAAUUGAAUUGCAAGAUCCUCAAGAGCUGCUGGAGAAACAUCAACAUUUUCAAAAGUUACGUCUGCAGCCCAAUCAGCCGGUACAAAUAAAAUUGCGCUCCAUACCAGCCACCAUAACAAGUAUACAACCUAAACUUGCGGGCGGCUCAGCAGCUCCGCCUCUAGCUCCCUUAUCUGCUUUGAAAUCCAGCAUGACUGAAUAUAAGCCCUCCCCUUCGAAUUCCAAUACCGAGUUCAAAUCAACCAUUUCCGAGGAUAGACGCUAUCGUAUGAUUACCCAAAAUCAGCGCACCCGCAAAGAAUCGCUUGAACAUUCCGAGGACAUGAUCUACAAUGCUGACAUCGAAAAGCCCUGGGUGUGUCGCAACUGCAAUCGCAACUACAAGUGGAAGAACAGUCUCAAAUGUCAUUUGAAAAAUGAAUGCGGUCAGCCGCCUCGCUACUUCUGCAGCAAACUUUGCGGUUAUGCCACCAAUGUCCACAGUAAUCUCAAACGUCACAUGAACACCAAAUGUCGCGAACGUACCGAGGAGGAUAAUCAAAUGCUAUUGCAACAGGUACAAGUCCAACAGCCCCAACUGGUGCAUCAAACCAAAACUCAGACCACCACCACCAACAGCAAUGCAACGAUUACAACCUCGGGCUGUGCUACCAUCAGCACUGUUACGUCCGUCGGAACAGUCGUACCAACCACAACCAACAAUAACAACAACACCACCAUCCAUACCACAUCGAGCAACAACAACAACAGCACCACAUCCACGUACACCUUGGUGUUUCAGAAGAGCGAAUAGAAAAUGGAAAAUUUGAGGGAGAAAGUUAUACAAUUGUUAUAUGAGAAAAGCUUAGAGAGCAGCAGAGAUAGUUUGGCACACGAUGAGGUGCUGGAGGAUAAUCGCGAUGCGAGUAUGUAUAGUCAAACUGAGUAAAUUGUAAUAACGAAAUUAUU